GUGAGCUUGCCAGGCAGCUUUCGCAGCGGUUCCAUCUGGAUCCUCCACACAAGCUAUAACAGUUAGUCUACUAUUAAUUACAGAAACCUUUUUCUUCUUUUGGAAGACAUUUUUCAUCAUGGGCGACAAGAAAAGCCCUAGCAGGCCAAAAAGACAAGCCAAACCCACAGCAGACGACGGCUUUUGGGAUUGUAGUGUCUGCACCUUCAAAAACAGUGCCGAAGCCUUCAAAUGCAGCAUCUGUGAUGUGCGGAAGGGCACAUCGACAAGGAAGCCCCGGAUCAACUCUCAGCUGGUGGCCCAGCAGGUGGCGCAGCAGUACGCCACCCCCCCGCCCCCCAAAAAGGAGAAGAAGGAGCGGCCGGAGCGGCCGGAGAGGGAGCGGCCCGACGGGGAGCGGCCCGACCCCGUCCGGCCCGAGGGCCCGCCCGAGCAGCCCGACCAGGACCGGCCCGAGAAGGAGAAACCGGACCGCGAGAGGGACGUCAGCCACACCGUCGCCAAAAAGCCCAGCAGCAAAAAGACCAAACCCAAGUCAGACAUUCAUCAGAGUCCACCCAACAGCAUUCAGUCAGCAAAUGCAACAACCAAGACCAACCACUCCCACAUUUCCAGACCCAAGCUGAAGAACGUGGACCGCAGCACGGCACAGCAGCUGGCCAUCACGGUGGGCAACGUGACGGUCAUCAUCACGGACUUUAAGGAGAAGACGCGCACCUCGUCCACGUCCUCCUCCACCGUCACGUCCAGCACGGGCUCGGAACAGCAGCUCCACAGCUCCGGCUCAGAGAGCAUGGACAAGGGCUCCUCCCGCGCCUCCACCCCCAAAGGAGACCUGUCCCUGGGGCACGACGAGUCCUUCUGA